AUGAAAAUUCCAGGAGCCAUCACAAUUGGAAAUCUUGGAAUAGCAAUGCUGGAACCAUCACUACCACUGUGGAUGAUGGAAACAUGGCAAGCCGGGUCGGUUGAAAGAGGAGCAGCUUUCUUGCCAGCCUCUAUUUCCUAUAUGGUUGGAACAAAUGUGUUUGGCCCACUGGCUCACAAAAUUGGAAGGUGGUUGUCAGCGUUCAUUGGACUUGUCACGAUUGGAUUCUGCUUGUUGGCAAUUCCUUCGGCUACAUCGAUCAAAGGACUCAUUUUUCCGAAUUUCUUCAUGGGAUUCAGUAUUGGGAUGAUCGACGCGUCCAUGUUCCCUUUGAUGGGAUAUCUUGUGGAUUUGCGCCAUGUUGGAGUCUAUGGUUCCAUUUACGCCAUAGCUGAUGCCGCUUUCUGCUUCGCUUUUGCACUCGGGCCAUUUUUCUCUGGACCACUGGUGGAGACUGUUGGAUUUCCCACGUGA